AACCCGGCCAUGCCCAUGUCUACUUGUUGCACCCGUGCUUUUAAGCCUAGGGCCUUAUGCCUUUAAUAUCGACUGCCAAGUCCUCAUAUAAAUUUGUGUCACCCGCUUUCAUAUAUCCUAUCCUCAUUUUCUUAUCUUCAACUUGAGCAAUGGCGUCGUUGAUCCUCGGAACCACUUCCAUGGCUUCCCAUCCAAUUUCUCUCUCAUUCUCCUCUUCUCAUUCCGUCUCCGGUGUUUCUGUCUCCUCUCCUUCAACCUUUUCUCUCUCAAAUCCUACCACCACUCCUCCAGCACUGCCAUUGAUUUACUGCGGCAGAGGUGACAGGAAGACCGCCAAAGGCAAACGAUUUAAUCACUCCUUUGGAAAUGCAAGGCCUAAAGACAAGAAAAAGGGGAGAGGUCCUCCAAAAUCUCCAGUUACUCCUCCAGUUCCUCAAGGAGAUGAUGAAGCUAUUGAGGAUUGAUGAUGAGUUAGCUUGUGUUGAUUAUAAAUAGAGUUUUUUUGAGGUAAUUCUUGCCCCUGUCUCCACCUGCUAGACAGCAGGAUGGUAUUUGAGUCAAUGUAAUUUUUGUUCUUUAGUGAAAAACUUCAGCUCUUGACAAUGUAAACCUUAUUUUUUGGAAAAAGUGUGUUAAUUCCGCUCUGUUGCUUCAUUGAUAAUCCUAUAUGAUGAGCUGUUGAAAACUUUUGAUUCA